AUGGCCGACAACUAUCAAAUGUUGGAGGAGCUGGGGAGUGGCUCCUUCGGCACCGUCUAUCGCGCUUUGGACAAAACAACGGGCGAGUAUGUCGCCAUCAAGCACAUCGAUCUCGAAGGCAGCGACGACGACAUUCGCGAGAUCCAACAAGAGAUAUCAUUGCUGGCAACAUGCAGCUCCGAGUAUGUCACCCGCUACAAGACAUCCUUCGUCCGCGGUGUCAAACUUUGGAUAGUAAUGGAGUAUCUCGGCGGCGGCUCAUGUUUGGACUUGUUGAAGCCAUUCGCCAAGGGCAUGGAGGAAAAGCACAUUGCAAUCAUCAUGAGAGAGCUGUUACAAGGUCUGGAUUAUCUGCAUAGCACGGGCAAGAUUCAUCGGGAUAUCAAAGCGGCCAACAUUCUCCUCUCCGAGACGGGACAGGUCAAGAUUGCGGAUUUCGGUGUCGCGGCGCAGUUGACCAAUAUCAAGUCGCAACGAUUGACCUUUGUUGGAACUCCAUUCUGGAUGGCGCCCGAGGUUAUUCAAGAAGCCGGAUACGACUUUCGCGCCGACAUCUGGAGUUUGGGUAUCACUGCCAUGGAGUUGGCUUUGGGUGAGCCACCGCGCAGCGACGUGCACCCCAUGAAGGUCCUCUUCUUGAUCCCCAAGGAGAAGCCUCCACGUCUCGAAGGCAGUCGAUUCUCAAAAGACUGCAAGGAGUUUGUUGCCCUCUGCUUGAACAAGGAUUCUGACAAGAGACCGAGCGCAAAAGCACUCCUCAAGCAUGCAUUCGUGAAAAAGGCUGGCAAGACUGAUGUUCUUCAGGAUCUCGUGUGGAAGGUGAAGAAGUUUGAGCAAGAUGGUCUGCAGCGGGAGAAGGAUACACGAUACUACGAAGAGACACUUCGGUCGAUGGGUCAACCACAGGAAGAGGAUGAGUGGGUAUUCGAUACGAUUCGUCCGAACAACAGUGUACGACCUGCAGCCGUGGGCAAGCAGACAAUCAAGCGACGGAAGCUGGACAGGAUUCCUUCGGGAGAUGGAUCAAGUAUCGCCAACGCAACUGCCGCGAUGGAGCAAAUGAGCUUGAGGGGGGCGCCAUUGUCUGGAUCAGUGAGACUCACGCCUGGACGAGAACUGAGCACGAUCCGAACCCCAAAGAUCAGAGCAUCGGGAGGACAGAGAAAGGUGUCCGCUGUCACCGCACGAAAAGUGUCUGCUUUGAAUGCUGCCUCGCCCACCGCCCGCCGCGUUARUCGAAAAGUGUCGGGAUCUACUCCAACCGCCAGGAGGGUCAGCCAACAGCCUGCACGACAACCACUCGGCUUGGACAUGUCCUUUGGGAAUAGUGCGUCAACUGUAAGACAGUUCAAGCGAGUCAGCUCUGGAAAUAGACCGUCCACUCCACCUGACCAGACCGGAACAUCGCCAGCAGACAGUGUCUUUGAUAGUGAUUCCGAGAACAAGCCUCCAGUAGAAGUGCCCUCGCGUGCGGCGGUACCUGCGACGAAGGAGUCAAUUCUGGGCAGACGAUGCUUCGCGAAGAGUCUCGAUCCAGCAUUCCAGGAAGCCCACGCCGCGACGGGCGACCGAGAGAAGAGGGAUGCCCUCGGUAAAGUGGCCGAGGCAUGGUCGAAUCUCGACGAAAUCGACCCUGAAGGCGAACUCCUCUUAUUGAAGAGUAUCAUGGACCGCAUUCAAUCCGACCCCAAACUCGCCAGCGCACUCCUCCCUCAACGUGUGGCAAACGCACAACUCGCAUCUCUCCGAGUUUCACCCUCCAAGAAGAAUGCAAUGGUCUCCGAGAAUGAGAUAUCAUCUCGCGACCUCACACCUCAAUCCUCGCCGUCAAAGUCCACACUGGUCGGCUCGCUGAGGUCGCCUAGCAAGCGCGAUGCGCCUAGCAGCCCCUCGAAACUGGUUCUCAACCCGCAGAACCCACAUCUUAAGAAGAUGCGGAGCAGUCAGCAGUUGGUCAGUGAGAGGGAGAGGGCCAACAUGUCGGAGAAGAGCGCGAUGGAAGAGAAGAUGCCCGGCGGGAAGAUUGAACCGGGAAUGGAGCAUACGGGGAUGCUCGCUGAUGUGCUAUAUGGGAGAUGGACCGAGGGGCUGAAGAAGAGGUGGCCAAUGGCUUAG